GGUCAUUAUGGAGUCAUCGACCCACAUUUUUUUCUUUAUCCAGAUAUUCGGCUCGGCGAUGAGGAGGAAAAUGCGAAGGAAAAUGAUGUCUUCUGUGGUGGCGCAAAAGAAGAGCAAGGAUCAAAUGUUGACAUUUCAACGCGCAGCAGCGAGGACGAGUUUCGCAAAGGACAAGAUCAACUGACGUCACUGGCUGACGCCUCAGCCGACGAGUCUGAUUACAUCGCGUCUUAUCACCAAGCCAAUCUUCUGAUCUCACGGGGGUUCUCGGCGAAGGAGAGACGACCCAAGAGAAACAGAGACGGUGGCCGGGUGAAGCCGGUUGAGAAAAAUACCCAGUUGUUCCCCAAGGCUUUCGCAAUGGAUACCGUGUCUAUGCUGCGAGGAACCAGCGAGACAAAGAGAGUAGAGAGAUGCCCCAACUGCAACGAGGUGUUGACGAGGGCGCAUCCUCGUCUCGUGGCGGUAAAGAAAGAG